CCACAAAUGGAGUCUCAAGAGCCAACGAGAACGCAAACCAGCAGUAUUGACUCUCAAGAUCAAAUGAGCAAGGAACUGGCAGGGAUUAGAAGAGCAGAGGAACAGAUUGAACAAGAAUCCAAAGAGAUCAAUACUCAGUUAUUCGAGGUUGUUUAUUAUGGAAUGGUUAGGGGUAAGUAUAAAAGAGGGGCACCAACAAAAAUGGACAUCUUUCCCGAUGAAUAUAGAGACUCGAAAUUCAUUCAAGCAAUUCCCAAGAUAAAGAUGCCUGCGAUGGAUUCCAUCAACUUGGUUUAUUCAAACUUUGGAAAUAAACAUUUCAGAAACUUUGUUGCUAAAUCUACUCCAACUGCUACUAGGAGGUUUCAUAUAAUUGAAAUGAAGGGGAUGAAGAACCUUAGACAUUUCAAUAUACUUCUAGGACCUUCUGUAGGUAAAUCCAAGAAACUUUUAUUUCAACAUUUAUUAAACAUCAGCGAAAAGCAAUUGAAGAGGCUGUUUAUAUCGAGCAAGCAUUGCAAUACUUUAGGGAUACUUGGUUCUACAUUCUCUCUUCCAAGUGAUGCUGACUUUUCAGAAUGAUUCAGAGGAACAACUCUCAAAAAUUUAACAUUUUCGAUCCUCGAUGAUUCAAACCAGGAUAAUGAAGAUGAAAGUCUCAAUAAACUAGAAAGCAUUGUUUCAGGAUUAGCCAAGUCCCCUGAUCUUAAGCAAAGCCUUGAGUCAAUGACCAUUAUAAGUGCAGCUCAUUCCUCUGAAGUUUGUGGAGAGCUCCUGGCAAAAUAUGGAUUUCCUUAGAUAUAAGUUUAUUCAACUCUAAUAGAUUUAUGCC